UCUACGUAAGUACCUACUUCAAAAUAAUUUGAUAGGACGCCGGCGAACCGUUGUACACUACCCAGUAGGAGCCUACAUUAAACAACUGAACAGUGAAGAGAACUCUUUAUCUAACUGAUAGGUUGGUUUAAAGAUAUUCAAUCGGUUUCUUGUGCCGUGAUGCCGGUCCAACACAUGAAGCUUUUGGCUUUUGAUAAAAUGACCGUGGACACCAGCCUUGCAAAGGACUAUUUACAAAAAUAUAAGGUCUUUCUACCACUGGGAAUAGAGGCGGAGGAAACUGACAUUGUACAUGAUAGCUAUGGGUCAAAAAUAACAACCGUUGAAAGGAUUUCCGUAAGGAUUAUAACAAGCGAAAAAAUCCUUCAUCAGGAUGAAAUAAAGCCCUGUUUACAAAAUGUGGCAAAGAAAGUAAAGGAAAACUCUGACUUGUUUGCUCAGCUCGAGUAUCUCAUACGGAAAACAAACGUGGAAGAUGUAAAAACUUUCGAUGUGAUGUUAAUCGCGAAAAGAUUUGAAUAUUACGCCUCUUUAAAACCUUUUGAUCUUGAUUUAGAGGAAAAUAGAAUCCGAGUUUCAGUCCCCAUCCCUUCCCGUUGCUGCUUGGCUAGACUGGGUUUAGUCGCGUACUGUUUGCAUGCGGGAGAGACUGUCCAGCUUGUCUGUGCGCCAGACACGGCCGUGGUGGGCCACCUCUUCACUGAACUAUGUUACGAAGCCGGAUUAACUACAGAUCAUAUUCAAUAUUACGCAGAACCAAAGGGACCGGAUCUAAAGAAUCUUAAUUAUGGCGUUGAAGAAAACAAUUAUUUACCCGGCAUGGUGGCGGGCGCCGUGGCGGUGCUGACGGAGCAGGGCGACGCCGAGUCCGCCGCCAGCUGCCUGGCCGGCGCCACCGUCAACCCGAUAUACCCGUGGCGUCUCCGGCGCGUGUUGGUGCAGGAGGCGGCGCUGGCGGGGCUGCGGCGCGCGCUGGCGCGGCGGGCGGGCGCGCCCCCGGCCCCCGGCCCCUACUGCCUGCCGCGCAGCACCUUCCUGCUGGACCCCGCGGCCGACGAGCCCCGCCUGCCGCCCCACCUCGUCUUAGUAUCCACGUACAGGACCACCAAGGAACUCCUCGCCCUGCUCGACGAGUACCGCCCGAUCUACCUGUCUCUGUGGUGCAACGAUUCGUCCACGCGAGACGAGAUAGCGUUCGCGACGUCGGCGCAGAACGUGUGGGUCAACGACUAUGGCGUGUUUGAGGGCCCGGCCGAGGUGGGACGAAGCUUCUUUUUAGGGUUCGACCUUGCUAGGGAGAGCAAUCGGAUGCUCUACCUCUCCGGAAAGCUCGGCUGGCUCCGUGCUAAUCCGACUGACGAAGACCUGAAGCUGCUAUUACAGUUAAAAGCGGGGUGGGACAAGCUGGACCUAGAGCAGCGUCGCGCUGCGAUGCUCGCAGCUCUGGAUCGACACGAACCGGGGCCUGCAGCGGGUGACAUCGAGAAGCGCGGUCGCCUCCGUGAAGUAUUGUCGGACUGGGAGCCGGAGACGUUCGCUAAAGUAGACAAGCAUACUCUGUGUGUAGGGACCACUGAGAAAGGCUGCGUAGUAUCAUUUUAUACUUCUUGUACUUAUUGUGUACCAAUGAAUGCAUUUAAAUCGGUUUUAAGUGGUAAUGUCAUUAUUAUACCGUACGCAAACGACGCAAUCUGUAAAGAUUUAUUAGGACAUUUCCAUGACAGUGGUGUCCCUGUUGUAGUAUCGUCGUCGCUUGCUGGCGUCGCGGAUUACGGGAUAAAUACAUAUUUUGAUAGGAAUGGAUACACAUUAUUUCGUAAGAAAUUUAUCUGGUCAAAGUUUGGAGAAACUUAUGCCAAUUAAAAAUAUUAAGUACUUGUAACUUUCAUGGUUGGGUCCUAACUAGGUCAAUUAAGUUAACCUUAAAAUCCUACACAGACUUGGAUAGAUGAGAAUUCACUUGGUACAGGACAACAACCUCAAAAUACGAUUAUCAUUAAACUCUACAUUAUAAUAAUAUAAUAUUAAAGUUACUUACAACAAAAUAAAGUUGCUUGUUUUAACCAUGUUUGUAAGUGUAAGCAGUUUUUACCAUGGAAGUAAUAAGUACUUUAUUGUACGAAGUACCUAUUACUUCCAUGGUUUUUAAAUUUAAUGUUAAAAAAAUGUUACGAGUUGGCUUCAGUAAAUAAUACAAUACCUAGUUCAUAAUGGGAGAUUUUCAAUCAUAGACAAACAACCAUAGAUUAUAGAUGACUUCAUAGUCUUCAUACAUGCUUCAUACUCAACUCCUUUUUUUUAAGCCGGCAUCUCAUCAUCAUCAGAUGCCGGCUAAAAAAAAAUGCAGUGCUGUUGAGUACAAGGACUUUGUAUUAUAAUAUAUAUAUAUAUAUACAAAGUCGUUGGUUGAGUAUGAAGUCAUCUAUAAUCUAUGGUUGUUUGUCAUUGGUAGGUAGAUUAGUGAAUCAUACGCAGAAUGUUUUAUUUUAUUUGAUUUAAUUAAACUGUUGCCUACACUAGCAUUGAAGAUAAGUUAUUUUCUUUAUAAUAAGCCGAUAUGUUUUGUUAAAUGCUUAUAUGCCAAUUUUAUAUUAAAUAUAUUUUUUA